AUGACCUUCACCACAACCGUCGUUGGCACACCAGAACUGCCUUCGGAUCGAAAAAUAGUAUCAUCAGCAAGGUCAUCAUGGAUCGGAUUACUCAAAUACAUGUUCUCGAUCAUACAGACCGGUACCAUAAAAUCAGCACAAUUGUUAUGGGUGGUUUUAAAGGCCAUGAUUACAUCCAUGGCACCGUCAUUAAAUGUUGAAAUUACCACAACGCCUAGUAUUGAACAAUUUCCAAGAAGUUUAGGAUUAAACACCAAGAUGUUUCUUACUUUGGAUUACUCGGUUCCAUUAGUCGUAAAUUUAAAGUCAUCAAGCAAUAGACAACAUUCGAAUAGUAAUACUAAUAUUAGAAGAAUUGUUUAUGAAAAACAACACUAA